AUUCAUCUCCAAACAGUCUCUCAGAUGUGGUGGCACAGCUGGAGCCAUCCUGACCUGUCCCCUGGAAGUGGUGAAGACACGUCUGCAGUCAUCCCAACUGGCACUGCGACCUCUGUGCCUCUCCGAGAUACAGCUGCCGGGCAUGAGUGUGCGGCUGAUGAACCCUACCCCACCAUCUCCUGGAGUGCUCAAGUUGCUGAGGGCCAUCCUUGAGAAGGAAGGCGUGCGAUCCCUGUUCCGAGGUCUAGGCCCAAACCUUGUUGGGGUUGCUCCUUCGCGGGCUAUUUAUUUUGCUGCCUACUCAGGUGUUAAGGAGAGGCUUAAUGCUGUGCUUGUACCAGAGUCCAAGAAAGUACACAUGCUGUCAGCAGCCUGUGCAGGCGUUGCCUCUGCCACACUCACCAACCCCAUCUGGUUAGUGAAAACCAGGAUGCAGCUGGAAGCCAGGGCGAAGGGUGAGACGGCCAGCAAUGCUCUCCAGUGCGCCAUGCGCGUGUACCACGCUGAGGGCCUCCGCGGGUUUUACCGGGGCAUCACUGCCUCCUACGCUGGAGUGUCGGAGACCAUCAUACACUUUGUCAUCUAUGAAGCACUGAAACAGCAGCUGAGGAACAGCCGUCAUUCCCUUUCCCCACCACUCACGCUGUCGCCCAACAGCCGCGAUUUCUUUGGGCUGAUGGGAGCUGCUGCCGUCUCCAAAACGUGUGCUUCGUGCAUUGCGUACCCACACGAGGUCGUUCGGACACGGUUGCGAGAAGAAGGGUCACGAUACCGUUCCUUUAUACAGACUGUGCAGCUCGUGGUCCGUGAAGAGGGACCCUUGGCUUUGUACCGAGGGCUCCUGGCUCACUUGAUCCGCCAGAUUCCGAACACGGCUAUCAUGAUGGCUACCUAUGAACUCAUCGUACAUUUGGCCUCUUCUACCUUGUGA